AUGUCACAAGAUGAAGGUCCAACAAUUACAUUUCGUCAAAUUAAGGAACAACCACAAGAUAAGCGUAUGAUUCCUCCGAAAAAUGGCAUUUCUGCCGCUGCUGUUUCGGAAAAUUAUAUCGCAAUUGGUAUGUUUAAUGGCUUAAUUGAAAUAUACGAUGCAGACACAAACAAGAAAGUCGAAACGAUUAACGAAAACAUCACAAACAGGCCAGAUGGUCUUUCAUUUGAUACAACCGGCAAUUAUUUACUUGCUACAUGGUAUGAGAAGCUUAUUUACUGUAAAAACAUCAAGACAAAGAAAGAAUCCAAACUCCAAUACGAACAAAGGAUUUUAGCCAGUGCAAUUGAUCCUUAUAUCACCACAGCUCAAGAUCAGACGCCAGAACUGUCCUGCGUCUUUUCCGAUGACAAAGGAAAUGUCAUUCGCGUUCGACCGCGAAAGGCCUUCUUUUCGUCUGGUUCUUCCUUCAAAGUCAUUGCGACGGAACCAAACACAACUAUAGAUACUAUGGUCUGGCAGGGCGAUUAUAUCUGCUGGGCGUCAUCAAAUAAGUUCUCCAUCUAUAGAGCAAAGACCGAAGAACUUGUCAUUUCAAGAAAUAUCGAAAAUCCGAACGAAUGGUACAGAGCGUGCUUCAACUUCCUUCCUAACGACAUUAUCCAUGUAUCAGUCGGCGGAUCGACCUUCGAAGUCCAAGCAAACCUCAAAAACACGGCAACAAAAUUAUCUGUCGAUUUCGGCAUCUACAACUCUGUAUCUACCAACGGCAAUCGCGCCUUCCUUAUGUACAAAAACGGCGAUCAGCCAGCCGAUCCUAACACUCAGCCAAAGGCAGAUUCGAAAUAUUACAUCAGAGCAAUAAGAGGAACGGAAGAGUACAAAGUAGAUAUCAGCCCGGAGUUCCAAAUGAUACAGAGCGGCAAUUUCCAAGUGAUUUUGCCUCAAGGAGACCAUUUUGUCCUUGUAUAUUACACAUUUGUCAUUAUUGUCUCUUUUUCAACACUAUUAGAGCGUAUUACCUUCUAUCUCGACCGCGAGAACUUUUCCCGCGCGAUAGAACUUACACAAGAGAACAAUAAUAAAUUGGAUGAAGAUGAACGUCGCCAGAUCAUCGAUAUCAUUGCAUCCAAGCAAAUCGAGAAGGGCAAAGUCGAUGACGCAGUUUCCUUGAUGCUAAAGUACAUUGGACAAGAAUACGGACACAUGUACGAUUUCUUCAAAGCAACUCGUUCGAUGUCGGGCUUUGACAUAUUGUACGCGCUUAGCGAGAACCAGGACUUGUGGAAAAUCUCGCAAACAGCGUUCAGCCGCCAACAAAUGACUUCAAUAAUUUUAUCUUUAAUUAAUAAUGGUAAAAUUAAAACGUUGGAGCAAACCAUGCAUAAGUUCGCAGCCCAAUAUGCCAAGGACGCGUUCGAUGAAGACGAUAUCGCUAAAACUCUUAAAGAAAAAGCGAUGUCAAAUUCAGAUUACGAAUUAUCUCUUAUGUUUCUUGAUUUCUGUUCAUCCAAACCAGCCUCGAGGGAUGACGGCUACAAGAUCUCCAUCAAACCAGAGAUAAAGAAGAGAUUUAAUGAAGCAUUUGUAAAUCCAUCAAAUAAUGACAGCGACAACCAAUUAAUUUUAGGCACAUUCUCUGUCAUUGACCACUACGAUGACUACAAACUCAUUAUGCCUCAUCUGCUUCUCUUCUACAAGGCUCACGGCCAACAUUUCAUUGAUUUCAUAACAAAUCACCUUGACAAGAUGUCACCGACGACUGUUUUAGAGCACAUAAGUGGUGAAUUGUCCAAGGCCAAAGCGAUUGUCAUUGAUCCGAAGAAACAAGAGGAAACAAUGAAUUUAAUUGAGCAUUUCAAGCUGGACUACUUAGAUUUGAUCUGGGAUAGGAACUCCCCAGAGAUACAUUACCUCCUGAAAGAGAAAGGAUACGCAACAGACCUCGUUGUCCUGUAUUUGAAGUAUGAUCAUAAAAAUACUUUGAAGUUUGUGCAGGAAAACACCGAUUUCACACCCAACGAUGCCAGAGAUGCUGCAACUAAGUACAACAGGAUAAAAGCAGCCGCGUAUCUCUGUAAAAGAACAGGAGAUAACGAAGGUGGCAUGAAAAUUUUGUUGGACAACGCUUUGCAGGAAGAAGACAUUGUCGCAGCGAUAGAAUACGCGAAGAAUGUUGAUGACAAGACUUGUUGGGGCAUUCUGACGAAGUACGCGUAUGAUUCAAUAAUUAUUGAUAAAAGUCACAGCAAAAAUCCUCCGAAAUUCUCUAAGGAACAGCCUCUGAAGAUGAUGUUGAGAGAUCUGCCAAAUCUACACAUAAAUCCUGUCAAUUUCAUAAAGGGAAUUCCUGAUAAACUGCCCUUGAAGAAUUACAUAGAAGACGCUGAUUUUGCUGUGAAACAGUUCAACAGAAAGUUCAUGACUGCACAGUUGACUCACGACAUAGUGGCGAAGGACGCGUUUGGCGCAUUCCAGAGAUCUUUCCAGAGAUACAAAAGAGGAAAACCUGUUACAAACCAAGUGUAA